GGGGCCUGCAGCGGGGGGAGGUGCUGGUCAGGUGCUCUGCGCCGAGGUGGUGUGCAGGUGAGCAGCUGCGGGUUUGGGGGCGCUCCUUGCUCCCGCCGCCUCCCCCCUUUGCACCGGGUCUGCGAGAGGGAGUCCCCUCCAGGCCCUCACUCCCACUGCCCCAAACUGAUGCGGACUGAACGGAUCGCUGCAAGGAUUAUCUUACACGGAACCGAUCAAGUUCUUUGAAAAUGACCUCAAAAUUUCUCUGGGUGUGCUUCCUACUUGCUGCAUUAACACUUGCAAAGACAUAUUCUCUCCAACCAGACCAGCAAAAAGUUCUGCUAGUUUCAUUUGAUGGAUUCCGUUGGGAUUACUUAUACAGAGUUCCAACACCCCAUUUUCAUUAUGUUAUGAAACAUGGGGUCCAUGUGAAGCAAGUUACUAAUAUUUUUAUUACAAAGACCUACCCUAACCAUUAUACUCUGGUAACUGGCCUCUUUGCUGAGAAUCAUGGCAUUGUGGCAAAUGACAUGUUUGAUCCUAUCCUGAACAAAUCCUUCUCCUUGGAUAACAUGGACAUUUAUGAUUCUGAGUUUUGGGAAGAAGCGACGCCAAUAUGGAUCACGAAUCAGAGGGCGGGACAUACUAGUGGCGCGGCCAUGUGGCCUGGGACAGAUGUGAAAAUACAUGAAAGCUUUCCUACUCACUACCUCCCUUACAACGAGUCCGUUUCCUUUGAAGAGAGAGUUGCCAAAAUCAUUGAAUGGUUUACCUCGAAAGAGCCCAUCAAUCUUGGUCUUCUCUACUGGGAAGAACCUGAUGACAUGGGCCACCAUUUGGGACCGGACAGCCCGCUCAUGGGACCUGUCAUUUCAGAUACUGACCACAAGCUAGGCUAUCUCAUACAAAUGCUGAAGAAGGCGAAGCUGUGGAAUGUUCUGAACCUAAUCAUCACAAGUGAUCAUGGGAUGACGCAGUGUUCUGAGGAAAGGGUCAUAGAGCUUGACCAGUAUCUGGAUAGAGACCACUAUACCCUGAUUGACCAAUCACCCGUAGCAGCUAUCUUACCCAAAGAAGGUAAAUUUGAUGAAGUCUAUGAAGCACUAGCUCACGCUCAUCCUAAUCUUACUGUUUACAAAAAAGAAGAGAUUCCAGAAAGAUGGCAUUACAGAUACAACAGCCGAAUUCAGCCAAUCAUCGCGGUGGCUGACAACGGGUGGUAUGUUUUGCGGAAUAAGUCCGACGACUUUCUGUUAGGCAACCACGGUUAUGAUAAUGCAUUAGCCGAAAUGCACCCCAUAUUUUUAGCCCACGGGCCUGCCUUCCGAAAGAACUUCACAAGAGAGGCCAUGAACUCCACGGAUCUGUACCCCCUGCUCUGCCACCUCCUCAACAUCACUGGCAUGCCACACAACGGGUCACUCAGGAAUGUCCAGGAUCUGCUCAGUUCCACAGCGCCAAGAGCAAGCCCUUACACGCAGAGCCCUCCUUUCCUGCGUGGUGGUGUCAAACCAAGAGAAAAUGAGCAAGAGGAGUCAUACGCUUAUUUCCUAGGGGUCUCUCUCGGAGCCAUUAUAGUUAUUGUCUUUUUAAUAACUUUCACUAAACAUUUAAUUCGCAGUCAGAUACCUGCCUUACCAGAUUUUCAGUCUGAAAUAUCUCAGCCAUUAUUACAAGCCUAAUGCUAUGUUGAUGGGGAGGUUGCAUAGUUAUGUCAGUGUUUAAAGGUUUCCCAUUCUAGGAAACCAGCUUCAGGCAUUUGCACAGACCAUUUAGCAGAUUUGUACAUAGAGAGGCUUGUGCACACACACACACGCACGCACUCAUAGGCACAUGGAUCAAAUGACACAUCUGCAAAGGAUGGAAGAUGGGGCGGUAUGUUUGCAUUGCUCUCUCUGGCUUAGGGCAAUGUGGGGCUACCUAAGAUCCUGCUUUAUUUGGACUUGGCACAUAAAAUGUAUAUAUUUAGCAACUUUGCACUAUUUGAAGUAUCAUACAGGAUUGCACUUUAAAUUACUCUCCUGGAGUUCCCGUCGUGGGGCAGUGGAAAUGACUCCGACUAGAAACCAUGAGGUUGCGGGUUUGAUCCCUAGCCUUACUCAGUGGGUUAAGGAUCCGGCAUUGCCCUGAGCUGUGGUGUAGGUCACAGACGUGGCUCGGAUCUGGCGUUGCUGUGGCUGUGGCAUAGGCCAGCAGCUCUAGCUCUGAUUUGACCCCUAUGCCAAAUGGAAACCUCCAUAUGCCGCAGGUGCGGCCCCUAAAAGCUAAAUAAAUAAAUAAAUAAACUACUCUCCUGAUAGGUACUUUUAUAUGAAAUGCACUUUAUUGACUGUAACAUCUCAUAACUCAUAACUCGGUUGAAAAAGACAAUUUUUUAUAUCCACGUCCCAGCCUACCUCUUGUUCCUUGUUCAAACAGAAUCAAAUUUCUAAUAAUUCCUAAAUAAUGCAGAAAUCUAUCUCCUUACAUUAGGAGAAUAGGAGGUAAGUGAAAACUCGAUGAUGAAAAUGACAGCCUUUGUACAUUGAAUUUGGGGAAGAUUGCAUUCUCCACAGCAGGGUGGGCCCUCCUUGUCCUAACUCAUUUCCUCCCCGCCUUGCCCCCCAAAAAGAGAUGCAAAUACUGAGGGACUCAUCCUAGGCAAAUUGUUUCCCUCCUGAGUCAUUACUGCUACUUCCUGAUGUGUCAUUUUACUCUGAUAAUAAGACACCACGAAUAUACAUUUCUUUCCUCUAUCAUCCAGCACUAGCCGGAGUGUAAAGGAUCAGGCACCAGCUCAGCCAUGUUUUCUCUUGUUCUGUAAUUAUUUGCUGCUUUGAAAACAACAUCGCUAUUAAUCGCAUUAAAAAUCAGUUCAAUGAAAUUAUUUUCUUUCUGGUAACCUGUCAGUAACAGAACACAAGCAUCUUUUAGAUUUGAGCAUUUGAAAGUCCAGAAUUGCAAGAGAGCACAAAUUAUACUAGGGAAAAGUGUAGGGCACACAGUCCUUGAAAAGAGCUGUGUGGUGCUUGUGGGGCAGAAGGGGGGUAGUGGUGGAAAUUAAGACAGGAGCUUGGGGGAAAAAUUAGGCAGGACCAUUUUUCACAAUGUACCCAGAACAGUGCUGAAGGGUACCUGAUGGCAAAAAGUAGUGACAUGUCUCUUAGAGCUAACAGGUAUUGAAACAGGAGAGGCUGAGAUGGAGUUCCCGUCGUGGUGCAGCGGAAAACAAAUCCGACUAGGAACCAUGAGGUUGUGGGUUCGGUUCCUGGCCUCACUCAGUGGGUUAAGGAUCCAUCCACAGCUCAGAUCCUGCGUUGCUGUGGCUGUGGCGUAGGCUUGCAGCUCUAGCUCCAAUUCGACCCCUAGCCGGGGAACCUCCAUAUGCCGUAGGUGUGGCCCUAAAAAAAAAAAAGAAAAGCUGAGGUGGUAGCCUUGUUUCCUGAAAGGUUUGAAUAUCCACUCAACAAGUGCUCAGUGAAAUCAAAGAAAACUGUCGGUUCACAAAUAGACUUUACCUCCUGGGUAGUUUUUAACCUUCCUGGUCACCUCAGCUCCUCCUUCCCACCAUGAAAAGCUGUGCUUUUGCAGGUUGGAGUGAAGGUAGUAUUACUUAGGGUUUCUUGGUGGAAAAGAAGCAGCCCUGGAAAGAACAGCUUCCCUUGAAGAAAAUAGAAACCUGUCUAGAGACACAUGGCCUGUAGAUAAUUCUUGUGAUUUUGCAUAUAUUUAUGCACCAACAGGCUAGUAAGUAAGUGAAAUGGUGAAUGUAUUCCAGAAAGAAAGGAUAAACUAGCUGUAAAGAACAAAAGUGGCACAGUUAAAUAUAUCCUUGAAUUUAAGUGCUUCCUAAAAUCAAGUGAAUGAAUGAUUUUUAAAUGAUGACACCAAUAAAGAAUGCUAUUGGUACCUGAUUCUCCUUUCAAUAUACAAUCUCUUAAUGGAACAGAAUGAAAUCUCUAGAAAUGACUAGAUUGAAAAGCUGAGAAGUUAGGUGGUAGAUGGUGAACUCAAGAGGUCUGAACUCUGGACUAGACAUUUUAGAACAGGUAACCACUUGUGUUGGCUUGCUUUGUAGCACUGAAUUUAUUUGCGUUAUUGAGAUGCCCAUCUAAAGACUGAAAGAUAAAACUUUUCUGUACAAGCAUUAUUUUUCGAAUGAUGUGUACGUUGAAAAUCAACUGCUGCAUUAACUUAAUUUAGAAGGUGCUGUGACCUCACUAGUAAGAAGAAAGUAAAUUCUGUAACGUUUACGAAAUCAUUAAAAUUCUGAUGUGAAGAUUC